CCCAAAGAGAAAAAACUCUGUUUUGCCGCUCGUUCUUCGUUCCCACCGGCGUCCCGGUUCAUCUUCUCAAAAAUCGACUCGAAUUCCCCUCCGAAAAAUUUACAGGUUUUUUUUUCUCAAUCACAGAAGUCUUUUCAUAGAAUCUUUCUUCGAUGGUCCUUUGCAAUGUCAGGCUGUCUUCCACAGGAAGUUUUAUUCAACAUCUUUCUGAAACUUUCUCCCAAAACCCUUCUACUUUGUUCUUGCGUCUCAAAAUCAUGGCAAUCUGUCGUCACUAGUCCAAUUUUCAUCGCCGCCCACCUCAGCCGGACUUCAACUCUCGACAAGAAAUGCCUGCUUCUCAGGCGGUGUUACGGUACCGGAAGCACGAAGAAAGAGCGCUAUUCGCUUCAUUUCGAUACACAGACAUUGGAUCUAUACCUGGAAUUGAAGUUCCCGUUCAUCAAUUGGAAUGAGAAUUUUAAGUUAGUGGGUAUUUGCAAUGGAUUGGUUUGCUUGUCAGGUCUCGACAUUCUCUUGUGGAAUCCAUCAAUUCAAAGAGUUGUAGCUCUUCCUCGGACCAGCGAUAUUACCACCAUCUGUGGUGCCCCGGACAAUUAUGCACUUGGAUUCGGCUUUGAUUCUCGUGCCAACGAUUAUAAGGUGGUUAGAUUGUUAUAUUUCGAAGAUAAGACCCUUUUUAAUUAUAAAAGAUCUCCUAAAGUUGAGUUAUAUGAGGUUAGAACAGGUUCAUGGAGAGUAAUUGGCAACAAAGCUCCUCGCUGUGAAAUAGUUCAAUCAGAAUGGAGGCAAGCUUUUGUCAAUGGGGCAGUCCAUUGGGUUGCUUACAGGGAAAAUAGCACAGGUUAUAGGUGUUUCAUUUUGAGGUUUGAUACAGUUGAGGAGGGCUUCAGUAUAAUAGCUUUGCCAGAGUGUCUGGUUAAUCACUCACCAUCUGAUUUGAAAGUUGCUAUGUUAGGAGGAGCACUUUCCAUCAUGGUGUGUGGCUGGCAUUGUUUUGAUACAUAUGUGUCUUCUGUUUGGGUGCUGCAAAAAUAUAACGUGCCGGAGUCUUGGACUAGAUUAAUCAUUCUUGAUCCAUCACAGGAGUUGGGAAUGGUGUUGGGACUUGGGGAGAAUGGAGAGAUGCUAAUGGCAUCUAAAAGAGGAGAAGUAGUGUUGUACGAACCAGAAAACAAGCUUAUGAAGGGUCUUGGAAUUUAUGGUGCUGAAGAUUCCUUCUGUUUAGAUACUUAUGUCGAGAGCUUGGCUUUACUGAAUGAAGGGAAAGGAAUAUUGGAAGAGGCUGAAGUUUACAAUUAAGUCCUUAUUGUGGUGGAAGCUGAUUGAUAAUAACGUUUUGAGGUUCAGUUUGAGAAGUCUGACUUGUGUUAAUUUUUGCGAUUCUUAUGCUGUUUCUGGGGAUGGCGGGUUCUGGAAGAUCAAAAUAGACUAGAAAACAUGAAUCUUGAAAAAGAAAUCAUUUCAUUUGGAUUGGCAUUUCAAAAGACAUGAGGUUGGAAGCAGGCACAAAUUCUACAGGAAGGAAAGGACAAAGGGUAUAACCUUAUUCUUGGUCUGAAUCUGGAAAUUUUGUAGUGAAAUGAAUCAAUUGAGCUUGUGUAAGUUGAAGUUAAGAACCAUAGAAAAAGCCUUUUGAAGAUCUGAAACUACACACUCAUGUAAUAGCUUUGAACCCAGAAUUUGACCUUGCCUGAAUCAAUGGAGCUUGUGUAAGCCAUCUUAAUUUGAACUUUUUUUGGAUAGUUCAAUCAAGAAAUAUAGGUAAGAUUAGAGUGGACUGUGUUUGUGAUUAAAAGUUUCAGAUUAGUGUAAAAAUCAAGUCAUGAGACUCGAGACCUUGUUUCUGAAUUAGGUGUUUGUUGUUUCAAAUCUCCAACAAAGUUUAUCCGAAUCGAACCUGUUGACUAAUUUACUGAAAGUGGUUGGAUUCUCUUGUUUGUUUGUUUUCUUUUUUGGAUGAACUAUGUCUACAUAAAUUUCUAAUGUGCUUUGAUGGAUGAAUCUUGCUUUUUAGUUUGAGUUUUGAAAAUGUAACCUUUUAUUUAGAUGGUUAUAACUUAUAAAUCAGGUGCUUGAUAUCUUAAACUUUUAUUUAGAUGGUUAUAACUUAUAAAUCUUGCUUUUUGCAUUUUACUUCAUGUGGUUAGAGAAAAGAAUUUAAGUUAUAUGUUUGUUUCUGUUACAUAGCGAUAUAUCAUUGGACUCUAAUACCAAUUAUAGAAUCAUAUGACUUCACUAGACGGGAUGAAUAGGGUUAUUUACCCAUAAAUUAGAACUUUUUCGUAACUUAAUCUGAAAUUAAAUAUAGAAGCAUCCUUCAAAGGUAGGUAUGCAAUUCUUGAUUGCUGGUUUAGAGAACAAAUUCUACUAAC